ACAAAAAGAGUGGCAACACUUCCAAACGUUUGCAUCACGGCUUUCUCUGUCUAGCAUACAUAUGUACGUACAAAGAGAGCAAAGAGGAAUACGCAAAAAAGUACAAUAAACGAAAGCCAAAAUGGUGAUUAAUAUUUUUAUAAACAAUAAACGGUUAAUUACUGUCAAUACCAGUACAAUACAAUAUGCACAAAUUUGCGAACAUAUCGAAAAGGCAACACAAUUGCAAACUGACGAUUACUACCUCACAAGCAAUGGCAAGCGUUUUGAUGGAGACAUAGCAGAUCAGCAUGAACUGCAUAAUAUCCAUUGUAUAUUGCGCCAGGUUGGUGGCAAAGGUGGAUUUGGAUCAAUGCUACGCGCCAUUGGUGCACAGAUUGAAAAGACCACAAACCGCGAGGCUUGUCGCGAUUUGAGCGGACGACGCUUGCGUGACAUAAACGAGGAGAAACGCUUGAGGGCUUGGCUGGAUAAGCAAGGCGAACGUGAACGCGAGGCAGAGGAACGCAAGAAACGGAAAAUUGAAAAACUCUUGGCAACGCCAAAGCAUGAAUUCAAAGAUGAUCAAUAUGAAGAGGCACGUGCGAAGCUCACUGAAAAAGUGAAUGAUGCAUUAGAAGAGGGCCUGAAGCAGGCCGAGGAAGCCAAGAUUAGUGCAACAGAUGACAAGAAGACAGAUGUGGAUGCUUGCGGCGCAACCAGCAGCAAGGCAGACCUGGGAUGUAAAAGAAAAAGCGGCACUAAGGACAAAGCGAAGGCCAAUAAAAAGAAAAAGGGUGCACUCUGGAUUGGCGAUGACAUUUCCGGCAGCGAUUCUGACGACUCUGAUGACAGCGAAGACGAAGCUAUUGCAAGCAAAAAGGCAAUUAAAAUUUAAGUUUUAUUGGUUAUAAAUUAAGCGCUAAUUAAUGUAAGUAAGUAAAUAAAUAAACUUUGAU